AUGGAGAUGACGCACAGGCAUGGGGUACCAAUCGCGGGCGGGAUGGAGUCGCCGCACGCCAACUACAGGACUAGGAUUGGUAAAGAUUUGGAACCAUACCGCCCUCGAUCGAGCUAUGCGUAUUCUUCUAGAGCGAGUACCGCGGGAGCUGCACGGCCACGCAAGUUCUCGGACCUCGUACAUGUCAAGAUCGACGACGACGCGCCCGCACAGGUGAAAGGUAUCUAUGACACGUAG